UAUAAAAGAAGUAUUUUUUUACGUGUCGCGAAUAAACUGAUUGCAGGCCUAAUAUCUGACUAUCUUGAAAUUAAGACAAAACCAUCCAUUUGUUUCAAUUAUAAACCUGUAGAUUCACUUCUAUCCAUACAUUGGGUCCACCGAGCCUUUGCGCUUUUGCCCUUUUUCCACACUCGCGCACUUGUAAACCCUUUUCUUUCCCUACGCAAAUUUCUCAACAUAUUCUUCCGCAAUUCUCACAUCGAUUUUUUGAUUUGAUUGGUGGCUUGCAUCAUUCCUGGUGCUUGAAAGAAGAAGAAGGAGGAGUACAAUAUAAAAAAGAAAGACGCAAAAAUGAAGGGAGGGAAAAAUGGAGAGAAAACAAUGGGGCCCUUGUUUCCUAGGAUUCAUUUAAAUGAUACUGAUAAGGGAGGGCCAAGAGCCCCUCCAAGGAACAAGAUGGCCCUUUACGAGCAGCUUAGUAUUCCUUCUCAUAAAUUCAGUCGUCAAUCGUCCAACCUGAAUUCGAGCCAGGUCAGCGUGAGUGAGAGAGGCCCGUUUUUCUCUCAUCCAAUGCCCCUAGAGAACUCUCACUAUACCCAGCACUCGGACUUAAGCACACCAUCACCACAAAUCGAGCAGAAACUGGAUCAAGAUGAAUUUUCAGUUCCUAUUUUCACCCACCCUGAAUCUAAUAAAAACCAAGAAAAACCCUCGGCCUCCACUCCUACUCAUAAUCAACGUCCGUUGAAAUCACAAACAGAUAAACACAAUACAUCUCGAGAAAGUGAAAAUACAAAUGGGGAAGUUUUGGAAAAUUGUAGCCUGUUGGAUGAUAUUGCUGCCGGUGAUCUUUGUAACGGCCCAAGUCUGAAUGUGAACUUGGAGAGGGGAGACUCAGUUUCUGAGGAUUCGGUUUUGGAUGUUGUGUGUGAAGUGACUUUGACGCCCGAUAACGUUGUGGGAGUAAUAGGGCAGAAGCAUUUUUGGAACGCCAGACGAGCUAUCGUUAAUCAACAGAGAGUUUUUGCAGUUCAAGUAUUCGAGCUGCAUCGACUUAUAAAGGUCCAAAGAUCAAUAGCUGCGGCCCCACAUCUCUUGCUCGAGGACUCUGCUUAUGUUAUCAAGCCCACGAAGCCUUCGCCUACGAAAAAACGCUCUUUAGACAACACUCUCAAAACAAAUCAAAAUGAGCCCAUACAGAAAACCGAGCAUGAGAAGGCAGCGGCCCAAAAAAACGAAUGCUCCGCCGAAAAUACCCUUGAGAAAAAAUCAUCCUCUCAAAAUAGGCCUCCGACUAACGACGUUACCAAGCCAUGCUUGAAUCAGGCGCAAGCUCACCAUUGGCUUAUCCCAGUUAUGUCCCCAUCUGAGGGAUUGGUAUACAAACCGUAUCCCGGGCCUGGGUUUGCGGGCCCAAAUCCAACGGGGCCCAACUUUUUGGGCCCACCCUAUGGUGUACCUCCGCUGCCACAGUAUCACUUUCCCCCAUUUCCUCCUUUUGGCUAUUACGGCAUGCCUGUUAUGAAUGCAGGGACUGGCCCGCAUGUGCCAGCUGGCGGGGCUGAUUUUAAUAAUGUCCAGCCUGGCGCAGGCCAAAGCAAUGGGCCUGAGGGUAUUGGAGUGCAAGCUAGCACGGGUAGCAGUCCGAGUGAGAAACGGGCUGCUGAAGGGCGAAAUGUGCUAUCGCUUUUCCCAGUGGGCCCGAGUAGUGGUGGGCCCAACUCAGCUUGUCAGGAUUGUGGGCCUGAUGGCCCGAGUAAGGUGAUCAAGGUUGUGCCGCGAAAUGGAGUGUCUGCAUCUGAGCAUGCUGCGAGAAUAUUUAUGUCGAUUCAACAAGAAAGGGGACAGUUCGAUUCAGUGUGACAAAUUUGUGGAGUUGGUGGAAAGCUACCUGUUCCUGUUGCAUCAUAAAUUUGGUGUUUUGGAUUCAACUUUCCUUUUUUUUUUUUUCCUUUUUUUUUAUAUAUUUUUUAGUUUUGAUUCUGUUUCCAGCCAUUUUGUGCAUGUACAAUGUUGUAACUGUAAUUCAUAUGAAGUGUAGUUGAUACUUGAUAUU